CGCCCUAACAGUCGAGGGGGAGAAAAUAAACAAAAACUUAAUGUUUAGGUUUUGCCGUGCCUUGCAUUCCGACGCCAAUAGCCUUUCAGUGAAGUUGCAUUUCUACCAUUUAUCAUGACAUCGAACCAUCUGAAAACCUAUCUGCUAGAACCGAACGCAAAUCUCAAACCGCUGUUCUACGAGAUCGUAAAACAAUGCGAACGAAAAAAUAUUCGCUAUGAUAAACAUUUGGUUACGUUCGUCAUGAAUCUCGUCAGUUUGGAUCCGCAAUUUGAAAUUUAUAUGGAAACGCUGAGUGCCGACCGCCGGAAUCACGACGAUUUUGUGGAGGAAUGUGUACAACGAUUGUCAGAAGACCGUUCUCCGGCAUUGGUUACUCUGAAAAUGCAGCUAUAUUUCCUGGAAAACUUCUUCAACCGGGAUGAAGUAGUGGACAAGCAUAUGAGAAAUCUGCAGCUCAAAACGGCGCAUUUGCUGAAGGAAAUCACCGAAAACGACGUCAUCACCAAGGACGAACAGGAGGAAAUAUUCAACAAAAUUAUCGUCGACAUCGUGCUGCACAUGGGGUUGGGUAACCCGGACAACAAGGACGUCAUUGGCGAAACCAUGAAGGCAUUGAACUCGGUUAUGUCCCGCAGCGAUAAAGCCAAGUUCGUUACCCUGGACCGGAAGGACCGACUUUUGGCCCUGAAGGACAUACGGGAAAUUGUCUGUGGGAUUCGCAUUUUUAACAAACAUGCUGGGAAUUCCACCAAUGGAAUGUCGGAUCUUCCCAGAGUUCUAGACCAGUCUCACGAUUCAACUAAAUCCAUCCUUCAAAUAACCCUAUGCGAAAUAAUGGACAAAGUAAACCUGCUCACCAGCGCUUUGAAUUCUUCGAUUGCGUACGACUUGCGAAAUCGUACAAUAGUCACACUUCUACCGGAGAAUAUCUCGGCGGAUGAUUUGGAUAAUCUCAAAGAUCUCCUAGUGAUGUAUCGUCAGCAUGAAGUAUACACCCGAAAGCUGAUUGAUGAGUUGGCUUUGAUCAAAUUCAACAUCGACACCUGCAAUCAGGAGUACAACAGCAAGCUCAUCAAAAUCCAUGAAUCGGUCCAGUAUCGGACGGCCAUCCCAACGGAUAGAGUAUUUCCCAAAUUUUCGGAACUGACCCGCAUCUGGCUGCAGUUUCAAAACUACAUCUACUUACUUUCGGAAAUCAAUCAGAUCAGCAAUACGUUGACAAAUCUGACCGAGCGGUGUCUGAGCUUCGAUGAUUUAGCGUACCGUUUGCUGGGUGAAUGCCAGAUCCAUACCGAUAUCGACCGGUUGAACAAAACUAAAGGAAAGCGACUGCUCAUGAGCGUUGAGAAUGCAUGUGAAGUUGUCACAUAUACGCCCGGAAUGAAGGUUGAGCUGUUGAAGUUUUGCGUGUGGCAUUUGGCCGAGGCCAAUGGGGUGCUGAUGCCAGGCAAUACCGACAUGGGAGUGUGUCAACACCAGAAGGACUUCUAUGCGUUCAAUAUUCCUGAGGCAGCCGUCUUCUUCGAUGAAGAUCCUGACAUAUACAUUUUCAAAAUUGUGACCCUUGCUAGGAAGAAGAUUCAGCUAAUCGCCUUUCUGGACAUUUUCUACAAAGUUCAAACGGCCUACAACUCGCACAGCAGAGAAGUGUUUCGCCUCAAGGCUCCCGUAACGUGCGAGCAAGAGAUUCAAACCGAGCUUCAUCCGGUACCAUCCAACAUCGACCGCCAAUACCGGUGGAACAUUUGGGAUCUUCGUCGGGAAGCGAUCGAACUGACCAAUCUACGCAUGAAACGUACCAGCUCCAGUCAGACGGCCAAAGUCAAGCAUACGCAAGUGUACUUGCCAAAAAAUCAAGGAACUCAGACGAAAGUCAGCCGUUCUACCGAGACAGAAGAACGGCGCCCACGUAUCAAGAAGCCCGAAACGGCACCUUCACCACUUCAGGUGUACAGUAUGACGGUGGAGGAAUUUCACUCAGCAACGGUGAACCGAAUGAAAUAAGUUUAGUAACUAUGAAUGAUUCAUUAUAAAAUUGUAAUAAACUAGUGCU